CCUUCUUUGUAGUGUGCAGGGAAUAAGGAAUUCUCCCCAAUGAGUCAACCAAGCAAAUCCUCCUCUAUAUAAAGACGCCCAAAGCAAGCUUCUCUUCCAUAAAUCCACAUCCAUGGUAGCCAGCACUCUUGCAUAGAAAAUAUAUAUUAGGGCUUUGGAAAAACAUUAUCAAGUAUCUGCUAAGGGAUGGAGCUUAACAAGGGAGUAGAAACAAGAGGUGUUGAUGAAGAGAAAUGGGUUUAUGAUUCCUCAGUGGAUCAUAAAGGAAGGGUUCCCCUCCGGGCCUCCACUGGUGUUUGGAAAGCAACACUCUUCAUCAUCGCCAUUGAAUUUAGUGAGAGAUUGAGUUACUUUGGAGUGGCGACGAGCCUCAUCAUUUACCUUACCAAGGUGAUUCAUCAAGACCUCAAGACAGCCGCUAGGAAUGUAAACUACUGGGCUGGUGUGACUACCUUGAUGCCCUUAUUUGGAGGCUUUCUUGCUGAUGCUUACUUCGGCCGAUUCACAACUGUUUUUCUUUCGUCUGUUGUCUACCUUCUGGGCUUGAUUCUCUUAACAAUGUCCACGUUUGUACCAAGUCUAAAGGCUUGUGACGCAGCUGUGUGUCUGGAGCCUAGGAAGGUUCAUGAAAUGGUCUUCUUUAUAGCCAUUUACAUGAUCUCCAUUGGAACCGGAGGGCACAAACCCUCGCUAGAGAGUUUUGGAGCAGACCAAUUCGACGAGAAUCACAGUGAAGAAAGAAAGAAAAAGAUGUCCUAUUUCAACUGGUGGAACUUUGGCCUUUGUUGUGGCCUUCUACUUGGUGUGACUGUAAUUGUUUACGUGCAAGAUCGUGUUGGCUGGGGUGCUGCAGAUAUCAUUCUUACGACAGUUAUGGCUUCAUCACUUGCCAUCUUCAUUAUAGGAAGGCCAUUUUACCGCUAUCAUGUGCCACCUGGGAGCCCCUUAACCCCAAUGUUGCAGGUCCUAGUAGCUGCCAUUAAGAAGAGAAACCUGCCAUAUCCUUCUGAUCCUGCUGAAUUGCAUGAAGUUCCCAAGUCACGAGUGAAUAAAGGGAGGCUUCUCUGCCAUACCGAAAGUCUCAAGUUUCUUGACAAAGCCGCUAUAGUGGAGGAUUGGGAUUGUGCUGAAAAGCAAGAUCCUUGGACACUAGCAACCGUGACCAAGGUUGAAGAGAUGAAGCUUAUUCUCAAUUUGAUCCCAAUAUGGCUAGCUACGUUACCAUUUGGAAUCUCUGUAGCACAAACAGCCACAUUCUUCGUCAAGCAAGGCACUAUGUUGGACAGAAAUAUUGGUAAUGGCUUGGAGAUCCCUCCAGCCUCAAUCUUCGCGCUUUCCGCUUUUGGAAUGAUAGUAGCUGUGGCGAUUUAUGAGAAGAUCCUUGUCCCAGUGUUGCGAAGGGCUACAGGAAACGAGCGAGGCAUCAAAAUCCUGCAGAGAAUUGGCUUUGGAAUGCUUUUCUCGAUCUCCACAAUGGUAGUUUCAGCAUUGGUUGAGAGGAAGAGACUGGGUGUUGUAGAGAAGGAUCCAGUGAAGGGUUCACUUUCAAUGAGUGUCUUCUGGUUGGCUCCACAAUUCAUCAUUAUCGGUGUAGGAGAUGCCUUUACUCUGGUGGGCUUGCAGGAGUACUUCUAUGACCAAGUUCCUGAUUCUAUGAGAAGCCUAGGCAUUGCCUUCUACCUUAGUGUGAUCGGAGCUGCAAACUUCAUCAGUAGUCUUCUGAUAACAGCCAUUGAUCAUGUGACUGGGAGAUUUGGCAAGAGUUGGUUUGGAAAAGACUUGAACAGUAGCCGCCUCGACUAUUUCUACUGGCUUAUAGCCGGCAUGACCGCAGCAAACUUGAUUGUAUAUGUGUUCUUAGCUCGGCGAUACUCAUACAAAAACGUUCAGAGGAGUGUGGUUGUGGCUGACUGCUGUGAAGAUGGUUUUGAAGUUUCAAUGGCCUGAAAUAUUUAAGCCAGUAUAUAAAUAAUCACUGGUGCUUAAGGCAUACUAUCUGAUAGUAAUAGUGUAUGAUCAAGAAAUUAUAUUUGAUGUUGUGGCUUAUUAUUACCUGUGGAAAUUUGCACU